AUGAAAAGUAAAGAUCUUCAACUAGCCGUAAAAAAUAAAUAUGAAAAUGGUGAUGGUCCAACGAAAAUUUACCGCGAUUUAGCCGGAGUUGUUUCAUUAAGAACAAUUAAGUUAUGGGUUAAAAUGCUCAACCAAACACGCUCUAUCGAUCUGUCUCAUUCCCCUGGUCGUCCACGCACAAAUGACCGUGUGUGGGCGAUCAGUAGAGCAGAGGCUGAUAGACAAGGUGCUAUACACCAAAAAACAAAAUUUCCAACAAAAGUUAUGGUGUGGCUCGGUGCAUGUGCACAAGGUCUCACCGAACCUGUAAUCAUAGAGCAUGGAACCAUGAAUGCUGAAAGAUAUAUCAACGAAGUACUUCACAUUGCUCUAAGGUCAGGUAAUAGAAUGUUGGGAGACGAUUGGACUUACCAACAAGAUGGUGCAAAGCCCCAUAUCCAUAAAAUGGUUCAAAAAUGGUGUGCUGAUCAUUUUCCUUCCUUCAUAUCAAAAGAUCGUUGGCCGCCAAAUUCACCUGAUUUAUGUCCACUAGACUAUAGUUUAUGGAAUGAACUAGCUGGAUCUAUGGAUUGGCACAAGAUAACAACAAAAGAAACACUGAUAAAUGAAAUAAAAUGUUCUGUUAAAAAAAUUGAAAAAACGAAAAUUUUACAUUCUGUACACGAUUUUACUAUACGAUUGCGUCAAAUCCAGAAAAACGAAGGAGACUAUAUUCGUUAA